UGGAAUUUAACAAACACGCCACAAGCUUGGAAAGGUUUGAUUGUCCAAAUAAAGUUUCGAUGCCAGCAAAGAUAUAGUUCUCAAGCGACAGAGCAUUGCGCGAUGAUAAAGUAUGCAGGAACCUUUAAAGACGUUCUAGCAAGUAUUAAAAAAUACUGAGAGAUCAAUGGUAAUGUCGUCAUCAAUUGGACUGUUGCUUUUAAACUUUUGGCAUGCUGCCUGUUGUAUUUGCUAAAAUGCUGAACAUCUCUAAAAUGUCAGUUCAAAUUUAUGAAAAAACUUAUUUAAAUCUAAUAAUAUUCAAAGAUAUAGCUGUGCACCUGCUACAAAGAUUCUCUAUUUAUCUUAUUAUUUCCGCUGUUUAUCUUAUAUAUGAAUAAUAAGAUAAACAGCGGAAAUAAUAAGAUAAAUAGAGACUCAUGGCAGCAGACAUAAAAAUGGUAAAGGGGACGGUAAUGGAAAUAACACUGGAGAUGGUCACAGAAACGACCGUCAAAAAGAAAAAGAGACAAAAGAGAAAAAGGAAAUCGACAGAACAAGUUCACUGAACAAAGGGAGACGUCGAACUGAAAUCAUUGCAAGCAGUUUAUUUAUUGUUAUGGCGGUAGUCUUAGUCGUCAACCUUUUUUUUUACAAAAAAAGACACAGAUUUACAUGUUUAAACAAGACAGGAAAAGCAAGCAAAGUUGUUCAUGAGAAGAAAGAGCAACAUCCAGAAAUGAUAAAAUCACCACCAAACCCGAUUUAUCAAUCUUCAGAAGCAUCGGCAAACCCAGUGUAUCAAUCUUCAGAAGUAUCACCAAAUCUGGUGUACCAGUCUUUUGAAGCAUCACCAAAUCCGGUGUACCAAUCUGUAGAUGCAACAUCCCACCCAGUCUACCAAUCUGUAGACGCAACACCUGAUCUUAUUUACGAAUCAGUAGAACUAAACGCAGACAAAGGAAACGACGAAAUUGGGAAGUACGAUUACGCAAAUGUAGAGAACGCAUUAUACGAAGGACUGGCGACAAAUGCUAAUGUUGAAAAUUGGACAUACGGAAAAUAUAGUUAACACAAUUCAAACAUGAGGAUGGUUACCAAAAAUCAAUUUUUUGCCGCAGAAAAGUUGGCAAUAUGUAAACGAGUUUAUGGAUAUCAGAUUGAACAAUGUUAAUAUCUUCAUUGGUCUUGAUAACUUGGGGUUGACAAAUAACAUGACGUACUCACUCUCAGGAAACGAUGUUUGGAAUUGGCUACUUUGCACUUGCACAUAUUAUGGAGCUUUAGUAAAGACUACGAGUACAAUUUACGUCAUUUUGGCGCAAAAACAUUGUUGGGACAAAAAAAAACAC